CACAGAAGAAGAAGAAGAAGAAGAGUUCCUUACCCCUCAAGAUGGCUUCAGUUUCGAUCAAUGGAUCUCGGCGUCAGAUUUAGUGUAAACUAGGCGUAAAUAGCUGUGUUGCAGCGGAGACAAGUGAAGCAUGCAGCGCUGCAUCAUCAGGCUCGCUGGGCAACGCUGGCAGUUCUCAGCUCGCUGUGUGAGCUCUGCCCCGGCGAAGCAGAUUGCUCUCCACAGUGCCUUCCCAGUGCUGAAGCUUCCCCUGCUGCCCAUCCAGCACCAUGUCUAUGAGGCAAACUUGAGAAACAGCAACGCCUGCCAAAAGAAGUACACCGAGUUGAAGGACAAGGUGAGGAGAGGCGGAGGGGAGACCGCUGUAGCCAGACACACUCAGAGAAACAGGAAGCUGCUGGUCAGGGAACGGCUCUGCCUCCUGUUGGACGAUGACAACUUCCUGGAGCUUUCGCCGUUCGCUGGGUUGGGUCUGCCGUAUGGGGACAUCCCUUCAGCCGGCUGCCUGACUGGCAUCGGCAGGAUCAACGGUCUGUGGUGUGUGUUUAUUGCCAACGAUGCCACAGUGAAAGGCGGCACAGCGUAUCCAAUCUCAGUGAAGAAGCAGCUAAGAGCACAAGAAGUAGCCAUUCAAAACCGCCUGCCUUGUGUCUACCUGGUGGACUCUGGUGGAGCUUUCCUACCUUUGCAGUCAGAGAUUUUUCCUGAUAAGAACCAUGGAGGAAGGACCUUCUAUAAUGAAGCCAUCAUGUCUGCUAUGAAGAUCCCACAGGUGGCACUGGUGUGCGGGUCGUGCACUGCUGGUGGAGCUUACAUCCCUACGAUGGCAGAGGAGGCGGUAAUGGUGCACCAGAUAGGAACCAUAUUCCUGGGAGGCCCUCCACUCGUUAAAGCUGCUACAGGAGAGGAGGUGUCACCAGAGGACCUGGGAGGGGCCCGACUCCAUGCCGAGGUGAGUGGCUGUGUGGACCACUUUGCCUGGAAGGAGAAGGAGGCGUUUGAUCAAACCAGAAACAUAAUCUCCACCCUGAACUUCCAACUGCCUGAAGAGGAGGAGGACACAGCCAAGAGGAAAGCAGGAGAGGAGCCGCUGCACAGUUCAGAAGAGCUUCUGGGACUCGCUCCUCGGAGUUACAGCCACACUCUGGAUGUUAGGAUGAUUUUGUUUGCUGGUCAGAUCGUGAGUCGGCUGGUGGACGGGAGCCGCUUCCAGGAGUUUAAAGCUCGCUAUGGAACCACUCUCGUCACUGGCUUUGCAAAGAUUCAUGGGCACCUGGUAGGAAUAGUAGCCAAUAACGGAGCGCUAACGUACAAAGCUGCGCUAAAAGGGAGUCACUUCGUCCAGCUCUGCGACCAAAGAGACAUCCCGCUCCUCUUCCUUCAGAACACGGCUCCUGCAGCGCCGCUAACGCUUUCUGCUGCGCAGGCAGAGAUGAACAGUAACCACCUGAAGGCUCAGGGAUCAAUGAUGUCUGCCGUGGCCUGUGCCUCCGUACCAAAAAUCACUGUGGUGAUUGGUGGUUGCCAUGGUGCCGACAGCUAUGCCAUGUGUGGACGGGCUUUUGAUCCAAAUUUCCUGUUCCUGUGGCCCAACGCAAGAGUGUCCCUGACGGCUCCGGGUCACGCUGGCUCGCUGCUUCCUGCUGAUGAUGAACAGGAGGAGGAGAAGCUGAACCAGAACCUGGAGGAGGAGAGCUUGGCGUUCUUUUCCUCCGGCAGAAUGUGGGAUGAUGGAGUCAUUCUGCCGCAGGAAACCAGGACGGUACAAAUGUUCUGGGAGUCUGUCUGGACAUCAUCAAACAGCAGCAGUACCAGCUGUCCACAGAGAAGAGACGGUCUGUGCUAAUACGGAUGUAGCAGCCUCCAACCUUGUAGAUUUGGCUCCUGAUUUUUAGGGUCAUCAUAAUUCACACUUUUAACUGGAACCCAGAGCUGUAAAGAACACCUUGAAGGCAGCUGUCCAAUCAGCAGUCUUCAUUUAACUUCAACAGAUUUUGUAUAGAAACUUCAGGGAUGCUGAUUGGAGGAGAGCUCGUUAAAUAUUUUUAUGCCAUUUUUACGUUUUAAUGGCACAUUUUUAUUCUAAGUGCGUUCUACAUAUUUCCUUCACAUAAAUGUCAAGGAUAAUGAUGAUCUGAUGUUAACCUGCAGUUUUCAAUCUUUACAAAUCCCAAAGACCUUUACUAUUUUUGUUCUUCUAGACUGUACCUUGAAAUGAUGUGUUUAAAACACACCACAGAGCCUUUCACAUUUUAAUCCUUCUGUAAUUAAAAACAUAAAAUAAUUACUGUAAUAAUGCUUAUUUAUGUAAAAGAAACUAAUUAUUUGCCAAA